CCAUUUCUUUCCUCCAUUACCUUUCCUCUGCGUCCAGAGGCUGAAACUUUUCUGUGAAUCUCUCUGUGGAUUUGAGUGUUUUGUGGGUGGGUGAGAAAUGGCGGGAAGUGGAGUAUCCAAGUCUAAGUCUUCGAACCCAACCAGAGUGAGGAAGAGGGUCGAGGUAGAGCCUGCUCCUGCUUCUGCUUCCGCUUCCGCUUCCUCUUCGGUUGUUCGUGCCAAAGACGGCAGCGCCUUUGCUCGAUGUGAAGAAUGCAACAAAGAUGUACCUGUGGCGUUAAUCAGCUUCCACAAUUGUAGCCUUGAUGCUAAAAUCAAAAUGAAUUUGGAUUCCCAGGUUAUUGAGAAUCCCCCCGAGGUGAAGAAAAAGGCAACAGAGAAGAGGAGGGCACAACCAACAGAGCGAAAGGCAAAGAAAGCUAAAAAUCCAAACAUGCCAAAACGCCCUCCUACGGCCUUCUUCCUCUUCCUUGAGGAGUUUAGGAAAACAUACAAGGAGGCUAAUCCAGAUUGUAAGAGUGUUGCUACGGUUGCAAAGGAAGGUGGAGAGAAGUGGAAAUCCUUCACAGAUGAAGAGAAGAAACCUUAUGUAGAAAGAGCUGCAGAGCUCAAGGCAGAAUAUCAGAAGGCAUUGGAGUCUAAUAAUGAUGCUGAAAAUGAAGAUGUUCAAGAUGAAGAAGUUUCAUCAGAGAAGGAAGUGAAGGUGGAGACAAUUUCUGAUGAUGAAUAGGACUGUUUGGUUUUAGAUUCUGCAUUGUUCUUUUGAGACUUGUUCUAAUCCAUGGUUAUGCAGUCCUGUAAAUUUUGAUGGAUUAAAAGUUAAUGGAUUUUCCCAGAGAUGUUUCAAAAAUGC